AUUCUUCUUGUUCCAUUUGUCUUCUGCUUGAUCUUGAUAGAACAGACAAUGAAAGCCCUUGUGGUCACUAAUCUACGGGCCACCAAUCACAUCAGUUUGUCUCUGGGGGAGUAUUAUAAGGUUUUUUAUCCUUCAUUAUUCAUACACAUUAAUUAGUAGUAUGGAAACCUUACAACCCCUUGCGAUUGAGAGUUUUUCAGAAAGUUGGUUGUCCAACCACAGACCCUCUUUCAGUGGUCUUGAUGAGCAACCUAGAGCAUCUACUGAUGGUUCUCAUGAAGGCACCUACAUGGAACUUGACUACAAGAAGGUCAAGUCAAAUAGAUUUCUGACAGAGUCCCAGAACUUUAACUUCAAUAUUCCUAUCAUUCCAUCUUCCACUGCUCUUGCUUCUGCUGAUGAGCUUUUUUCCAAUGGUCUCAUUAGACCUGUUUUUGUUGACCCUUCAAAGAAACAGUCAUGCAACACCUCAGAUUUCAUCUCAGCCAUUCAUAAUUCUUCCUUUUCUUUGAGAACGCUCAUCCCAACCAGGGCAGUUCAUCAUGGCUUCCUUAGAAGGUGGAGAAAAUCAACAGGGCAACUCUUGAGAAACCUUUUUGGAUGCCUUAGGCCAUUCUGCCAUGAGGCUGGUUGCUCAAGGAAAAGUAUCAGGGUUGAUGAUAUUGACAGGAGAGUUCAGCAAGUUAGGAGCUGGAGCCCUUCACCUCAGGCAUCUCCACAGCCAAGCACAGUUUGUUCAGCAGAUGAUAGGUGUGACCUUGAGAGCUUGAUUUAUGAGGCUGUUCUCCAUUGCAAAAGAUCCAUAAAAGAUGGAAGGAGAAUUGUAGGAGAAAGUGGAGAGCUUCUACAAAUGCAUCAUUGCUGAUCAAGGGUAUUAACUUGUUCUUUGUCCUUUUUCCCUGUCUCGUUUCCUCAUGUAUGGUUGUAAUUUAUUUAUCAUUUAAAAAAGGAAUGAGUUUCACAAGAUAUUCAGCUGUUAGAAAACAUAUAUCAAAGGAUGGCAAAAUGUUAGUAUUGUGUCUUCAUCAUUGUGUAUGAAUAAGAAUUAAUUUCACAAAUUACUGUCCUUUUCAUCCCUUGAUAUAAGAAUCAGUCAAACCCCCUCUUCCUUUGAGUUGUAAGAACCUGAGGAAUCAAUGGUGAAGAUGUGAAGUACUUUAUUUUGAUUGUCCAAUGGUGAACAACUUGAAAUUUAAUAUUUUCUAGCUAAUUCACUCUUUGAUGGGAAAAAAGAUGCCCAAUUUAGGUUUUGCAACCAAGACAACAAGGUUGGAAAGAGAAAUCUUUCCCAUCAAUAUGAAUUAUGAUCAUGAAUAUCCAGCUUUUGUGGGUAGUUUGGAACAUCAAGGGCCCUCACUGAGGUAUGCAUCUUCUCUUUUCCUUCUUUUCAGUCAUUGUUUGAGGACUAGCCAAUUGUGCCCUUGUGCCUUUUGUGUUUUGAGACCCUUCAUUUUGUGUCUUCUAGAGGACAAAGCAUCUCUGUAAUAGUUACAUCUGUAUUUCUUCCUUACACACAAUAUAAUUUUAAGGUUUAG